CUGGUUUUAACGGUUACGGUUAGGGGCGAAUCACCGAUCGCUUUCCAUUACUGUAGGACUACUGUAGAAACUUGCAGCGCGGAGACGCAGUGCUUGAAAAAAAUCACCAAUAUAAAGGGUUGUGUACCGGGGUUUUCAUGCGCACUAUUUUUAUACUCAACUUUUUGCGAGCUUAUAAAGCUUCUAAAAUGGUCUCAAUUUUUUGAGAGAAACUCAGUACCAUAUAUUUCAGAUAUUCCGAACGUGACCAAAGAGACCAUCAGUAUAGCAGAACAAGUGAAAAACCGUUUAGCCGAAGAUGUGCAUAGCUACUACACUUAUGAACUUCGAAUGCCCAAUUAUGCUUCACGUCUUCACAAAAUGAGCAGCAUUGUGUCGGCAGUGGAUAAGCUGCAGGAGCGACGGAAGGAGGAUAGCCAAUUGUCGAGAUUAUUCAACAUUUUCAAGCACGAUGUAUUCAUGAGUGAAUUAGUUUGA